AUGGCCGACCCACGGUCGGUAGAACUAGUUGGAUCGCUCCCACCAACUGUGUUUAUCGAAGCCCUGCAUCUUCUCUCUCCAGCCCAUUUCGUCAUACCCUACCGAGAUCUUCACCAUACGCUGCAUGGGUGGGGAGUGUUAAUGUUAGGGCUCAAAACCUUGGAAGCGGUGUUCGACGACUUUACGAGGGACUUGCUCACGAUCAUCCAAUAUAGAACCGUGGCUGGGCAUCCACCUCAACUAGCGGAGUACACUCACCUCUUCGACUGUGCUCAGGCGAUGGGAAAUGGCCCCUUAAUCAAUGCCCUCUGGGAUGGGAUGAAUGACAACAAUGUUACUCCCGACACAGUGUGCUAUAAUCACUAUAUGUCAGCAUUGGUCUGGAACCACUGCUACGUCGGAAAAGAAGCAUACAACACUCGCAUCAUCCCUCACAGCUACAAAAAGCGGCGCAUGGUAAAUCCGAAUCCUGGAUACCGUGGCUACGCAACGGCGUGGAACAGUGUCAAAGGAACUGUGCUGGAUAUAUUCAGUCGAAUGAGCCAGGACGGGCUUGCUGGGGAUGUGCAGACGUACAUCAACGUCCUCCUCGCAUCAGCCCGAGUUGGCGAUAUGGAAGCUACCAAGAAUAUCCUUAAGACUGUAUGGAACGUUGAGGUUGAUGCCAUCUUAGCUGAAAGGGAUGACUCGGUGUUGCCACCGGUUACCCCAUAUGAUACUUGGUCGGGUCUGUACCCAACUGAACAGCUUCUUUUCGCCGUGGCCCAUGCCUUUGGCACGAACAACGACAUCUACGCCGCCAUGAGAACAGUCGACUUCAUGGCUUCCUCGUACAACAUCACUAUUUCAGGCAAGGUCUGGGCCGAGUUGCUUGAAAGGACGUUCACUCUCUCCAAAGAACACAAGCGGAGACAGGCAGAAGAUGGACGAAAAGGACAAGUCCCAAGAGACAUGGUCCGCGACAUGUUUCAGGUAUUGACGACGGAGCCAUACCAUGUUCCUGCUACUCUACAAAUGUACCGAUAUAUGACCCAAACCAACAAAAUGGACCGCGAUCUAGAGGCUUGCAAAACAGACAUGCGUAAAGCAUAUGAAGUCUUGGGCCAAACGAGGUCAAAAAGGAAGGGAGCGAGAGACGCCGUUAUGCAAUGUUUGCAACCAGUCCUGGACAGCAUGAGACCACCGACGAACGACGGGAAGAAAGUGCGGGAUCCAAUCAAGCACCAACGACAGAAUGGCGUGAAACCAGACCUGUCACUAUUACAAUGUCCCCUGCUCGCCGAAGCCAUCAAUACAUACGAUCUCCUCCGACUCGAAGUUUUCCAGCAGAUUUAUCAAAUGCAGCGCAUAGCCUAUUCAAUGAUCAUCACCGAUAAGUGGAGUGACAUAUCGCCCAAAGCGUGGGAGCUCCAAGAACGGCCCAAACUAUUGGAAGAGUGGAAAGACUUUCUGCCAGAGCGUAACAGGUACGAAUAUAGAGACGGAGAGGUUGGAACGAUCGAUUUCCAAGGCGAAACGAAUUCAAAGAGCCGCCACAUGAGCCAGCAUGGCCGCAUUCAUGCACGGCGGAUAACAGAUGGGUCGGUGGCACUGUUCGAUCCAGUUGAGCCCAAGGUUCUCGACGAUAGGAUAUUCUGGGAAAUCUUGCUCUAUGAGUACCCCCAGCUGGACCCGUCCAUUUCGCCGCUCAAUCGCAUCUACUCCUUCCAGGUCAAGCACACCAAAGAAUUAAGGGAAAAGCUCAAAAUGCUGAAGACGCGGGUUGAGUACCCGGAAGGUCAUCCUUUGUCGCAAGAGAAUAAUCCUUCGGCUGGGUUUUAUGGUCGCAUUCAUGCGCUGGGCUUUGAUGCUAAACCCCAAAAUUCUAUCUUCUGGCGAGAUAGCAAUCCUUGGUGUUGA